ACAUUUCACUCUCCUUUUUUGUGAGAAAAAAGUAAAAAUGGUUUUCCACGUGUUUUAUCCAGCUUUAGCCAUCUUGGUUCUCUUCAUGGCAGUAUUGAUAAUGUUGAUGUUACGUUUUGGGUCAAAGUGGUGCAAACUACGCCACACUGCUAAGCCUCCAGAAUAUGAUUGGGAAGACAAAACUUAUGAGCAAAAGGUAUCUUACGCCUGACAUUCGGACCAGUCUGCUAGAGGGAGUACUAGCAGACUGGCUGACAUCGAGGCUCAAUAACUUUUGCCUUAAUUACUUUUGUGGAAAAGUUAUAGCCCAUCAAUCUAGUUGUAGGAACCACACUUGGUCUGUAAUUAAGAUGCCACUACACCAAUCAUAAUCAUCUAGAGCUGCUUCAAUUUUCACAUCUGUGCCUUAUACAUUUUUUUCAUUAACUGUAAACAUAUUGCUGUUCAGGAAGGGAGUGCGCUUCAAAGUUCUAGUUCUAGGACUGCAGUCCUUUUUUUUAAAUUCUCUUUAAUAAAAAAUGGGAUGCUUGUUAGUUUUGCAGUUUUAUAUGCAUGUAAUGUAUAGUUUUAUCUAGCAACAUAUAUUCUGAUGGAAGAAUGUUUCUUUCGAGUUUGUGAGAUUGCCUCUGAUAUUUUGAGGCAAAAUUAAGUAUGUGAAUGUGUUCAAUUUUAACUUUUGUUAAUACUACUUUACUGAACUGUUUCUGUAUUAGAAUUGUUACCAUUAUUCCGUCCUGGGCUACUAAGAAAGUGUAGACACUUAUCUACUUAAUACUGUACCCUUUACUCCUUUUCUGUAAAAGAUAGUACUUACGGUAUGUUUUAUUGUACUCUAUUUUGAUACUGUAUUUGUACCCUUGAUGCUGCUCAUCUUAAGAUUUUUCACCCUUGACUCCCUUGACUUGCAUUUCAUUCUGUUUCAUAUUUAGAACAUUGUUUCUUUUAAGAUCUCAUUGGGCUCCUUUUGUUUAAGGCCAUAAUGAUACUGCUAUGGGUAGCAUUACCUUGAGGCAUGUGACCAAUGCUCUUUCACUUCAUACCCUUUUAUUUGUGUGCAUAGGUUUGCCAUAUAUUUUAUGUAAAUACAUGCACAUUUUUUAAUGUGAAGAAUUGUACUGAAAGGUUAAUUGUGUCGAGCUAUUUAAGAGUGCUGGUAUCAUAUUAACAUAAUGUUUACCUUAGGUAAUAUUUGUCGUUCAGCUUUUGCUUUUUUUCUCUUUGUUUGGUUUUUUAUAAACAAAUAUUUUUUACAAACUUAAUCAUACUUUGUCACCCAUAAAUUUAGGCACCAAGAUUUGUGGUGGCACCAGUAUUGAUAGGGUAAUGAUGGGCAUGUUCCAUUGAAUGAAUUUAUAUCUAACCAUUAAGUUUUCAAAUUAUGUUUUAGCCUAGAAUCUCAUUUUCCGUCCUUUGACAAAUAUAAAUUUUAAUUAGAUUAGAGAGCAUAUUUUGACUGUUGUCAAUACUUUCUCAUGAUAGAGAAGUUUGGACAUCUUCCAUUGUCGUGUAUGACUAAAACCCUGGAUUCAUGAUUUUUUGAACAAUUCUUGAUAGACUGAAAAAGUGCCUUCAUUUGAUUACUCAUAAAAAUUUGGGCACAGAUUUCUGACACAUUUUGUAUCUCAGAGUUUUGUAAACCAUCCCCAGAAUCUUUCAUAUCAAUUUGACACAGUAAUUUUUAUGUAAUAAAAAGAAAUGGCAAAUUUUUAGAAAAAUA